AUGGCUGUGUUGGCUGACUAUUCCGAGGCAUUCGACUCUGUCGCCUGCGAAACUGUGCCGAGAAAGCUACUUGGUGUAGGCUUUUUCAUGGCGUACCUCACAUGAACUGUUUCCUACCUGACCCUCAGGAAACAAUUCAUCCAAAUUGACGACUAGACCACUAUGCAUAUUAACAACACAUAUGGUGUUCCUCAGGGCUCGAUCUUGUGGCCAGUGCUAUUUAAUCUAUUUAAAUGACCUUACAGACUGCUUGGAUUCUAUAAGGUCAAUACGCCGAUGACACAACAAUCUAUCUUCAUGGGAAACCCACUAAUUUAAAAGAGGACGAAAAGCGGUCAUGGCAAGCUCUCGAAGACCUUGCUGACCUGUUUGGUAGGUUGUAGUCUAUGCCUAAAUUCUACGAAGACCAAGGUUAUGCUGUUUUCAACUCAGCAGCUUUCUGGUGUCCAGUUGAGAUCUCAGCUGAUGGUAAGAACCCGGAAAGAUUGAAAACCUCUGAGCUACUUCGCAUGAUUUUCCAAGAAGACCUGAAAUGGAACAUUGAAAUUAUCGCAAUUGUCGAGUUAUCAUAA